AUGGAUUAUAAAAAAAUCCGCGAAUUACGAAGAGAUGAUGCAGCAGAGUCGUUAAGAGAUGAGAUAGAUGAGUACAGAGAUAAUAAGCCACGUAAAAGGAAGGCUGAAACAUUGAGUGAUUCAAGUUCCGACGAUGAACCUGCAAGCUCUGUAUUUGCUCAAGAUACUUCUGAUAAUUUUGAAUCCACAAGUAGCAUUGAUACAAAAGGAAUCGGUUUCAAACUUAUGGCCAAGCAUGGUUAUGCUCCUGGUGCUGGUUUGGGUAAAGCCGGUCAGGGUAUUGUUGAACCUGUCGGACUAUCAACACAAAAAGGACGUACUGGUCUUGGUCAUGAAGCAACGAAGGUAGUCGGAAGAGACAUGUCUGAGAUUUGGGAUGAGUCUCAAGAAGAUAAAACUGUUGAAGAGCACGUCAACUGGUUCCCGAAAUGCGGGGAUGAAAUAAGAAGAGAAAUAGUUGCCAAUUGUGAAAACGAUGAAUGGACGGUUGUUGCGACUCCGAAAUACACAAUCGACGAUGAAGCAGAGUUUUGUGACCUUGAAGUGCUUGUACAACUUAUGAAAGCUAAGACAGUUUUUGAUAACAUUACUGACCGGGAAUUGAGAGAAGCUAGGCAAAGAGCCAAUCCAUAUGAAACCAUUGGAGGAGUUUUCUUUUUGAACAGGGCUGCUAUGAAAGUCGCUAACAUGGAUAAAGUGUUUGACUGGAUCUUCACAGAAGAAAUUGAUGACCAAGCCCGACAAAACAAGAAUCCUUGGAAUUUUCCUCGACCUGAGGGUGAUAACAAGCCUGUAAAGUUCCAUGAUGGAAAAAACACAUCACGCAAGAAAGAUGUUUUCUAUUUUGCUGAUGUUUGUGCAGGUCCUGGUGGUUUCUCCGAGUACGUUUUAUGGAGGAAAGGUUUCUACAAUGCCAAAGGUUUCGGAUUCACCUUGAAAGGCAAAGAUGAUUUCAAGUUGUUCAAAUUCUCAGCUUCUUCUGCACACUUUUUCGAACCUUAUUAUGGUAAAACUAAAAACGGUGAUGUGACCAAGCCAGACAACAUUGAUGCUCUCCAGGAAGUUGUUGAGAAAGGAACAAACGGUAUCGGCGUUAACUUGAUGAUGGCUGACGGAGGUUUCAGUGUAGAGGGAAGGGAAAACAUUCAAGAAAUCCUUAGUAAACGAAUUUACUUGUGUCAACUUUUGACCUCACUGUGCAUAGUUAAAGAAGGUGGAAACUUUUUCUGUAAACUGUUUGAUCUCUUCACCCCAUUCAGUGUGGGAUUGAUCUAUCUUAUGUAUGUUUGUUAUGAUCAAAUUACCAUUCAUAAACCUCAUACAAGUCGUCCGGCAAAUUCUGAAAGAUACAUUGUUUGUAAAGGACUACGGAAAGAGUUUUCUGAUGUAAUCAGAGAUUACUUAAAAAGAGUUAAUCGUACAAUGGAGAAGUUGUGGUUGAAGGGGGAGCCAAAGGAAAGCGACGUGAUGGAGCUUGUUCCUCUUAAUAUCAUCCGAGAUGACGAAGUAUUCACCAAAUUCCUUGUUGAGCAUAAUGAGAAGUUCGCUGUGCGACAAACUGUUUAUCUCAACAAGUAUUUGAGUUACGCCAAGAAUCCUAACCAAUUCGAUAAAGAUCAAGGAAACCUACGAGAUGAUUGUUUGAGAUAUUGGCAGGUACCUAACCGUCCUAAGCCUGGACCGAAGUUUGAUCGUAGCCACAAUUCCCAAAGCAAUUCCAUGUCCAACAACGAUAUGAUAGCCAAAUAUGGAAAUAGGCUUUAUCAGAAGCACGAUUUGACUGACAAAACACCAGAUUUCAAUCCUGCAAUGUUCAACAGCAGGGAGAAGUCUGUAGUUCAUGAAGAAUUCUGCUUCACUUUCAUAGCAGAAAACAAAACCAGAAAAAGUCUUUUGGUGUCCAGCGAUGAAGGUGUUGGGAUGUAUGAGAACGGAGCUUGCAGUAAGAUGGAUAAGGAUAUGUAUAGAAUCCCUAACAAAACCAUUCUGCUUGUGGAGCAUGUUUAUGCUUAUGAAUGUAUAAAUGGAAUUAUGGAUACUAGCAGCAAACGGCGAGUCAUUCGUAUUCUUGAUGCUGCCGUUUUGAACGGAGAUAACAUUUCUAAUUUAUCGCACGAAGAUCGUAUGGCUUCCAUCAAGAAGUUCUGUGUAGCUCUUAAGCUCGUCAAUAGAGAAGUUGUUAAUGAUCGGUUCAACAGAGCAACAAAGAAAUACGAACCAGAUAUCAAAAACACAAUCGAAAUUGUUUGUGCUGAGUACUCUCCUUCACAUCAAAUGCUCAUAGUUGUUGAGCAAAUGGUAGAAUUCUCGAAGACGAAAAGAGACUUCUUCUUCAGAGAAAAUGAUCUGUUCUUCAACUGCUAUGGAGUGAGAUUCAACAGAAUAAUCAAAUAUGAAUGGAAUUUGUUCUGGUCCUCAACAACCAGACAGAUAUUCGCUAACUGCAGGGCUUAUAAUCCCAAUGAUAAUAAAGCGAAAGCUUUUCAUAAUGAAUUCGAAACUAAACAAGUCUGGUCUUCUUUCUGGGAUAGUGUCUAUGGCAAACACGACGGCAAACAUUCUCCCAUGUCCUGCAUAUGGUUCUGGAGAAAUGAUCCCAACGUCAACUAUACCGUUCACUCGAUUGUAAAUGAAGAAUCACACGAAACUGGACCAACAGUUCGAAGUGUUAUGGAGCCAAUUUAUAAAAGCAAGGCCAUUAUGAAAUGA